AUGCCUGCAGACAAUAUUCUUGAUGCCCAGUCUGAGGCAUCAGAUGCGAGUAGCUGGGGCGACAUCGAUGACAAUGACGAAGGCGAAAGUGAGGCCCUCAUUGUCUCGCUCUUUGACGAGCGUGUGUUCACAGAUGCCAUGUCCAUGAUCUCGUACUGCAAGGAGUCGUACAACUUCGAUUUUCUCGCAACAAGAGACCGUUUGUCACUUGAUUUCUAUGGCUCAAUCAAGCUUAUCAACUUCAUUCGCUCGAGCGUUCGGGACGGCCAAUCUCUACCAAGCGAGAUAACAAUGGAACAGAUCCAGGAUGAUGUCUACCUCCGUCCUGUCCUGGAAGACGAUGCUCUCAUCAUAUCCUUGGACGACCUACCGCAAGAAAAUCAACAGAUUGUUGAUGGCGGGCGCUCCGAGGACUCUAUCACCGGCAGCAGUCGAGAAGAUGGCAAUCUGCGCAAGGCGAACGCCGAUUUGCAAGCUCAACUUGAUAGCUUAAGCCAGCAAUUUGCCAACUAUCGCCUAGCAGUUCAGCAGACACUGGACAAGCGCUGGGGGGUUGAUGGCGACGAUGAUUCUGGCGAAUCGUUGGUGACAACUCAAGCUAGCACAUCAAAGCCCCGUCAAGAUGACUCGGAAUACUACUGGGAGUCUUAUGCAUACCACGACAUUCACGAGACUAUGCUCAAGGAUGCAGUACGAACCGAUGCGUACCGAGACUUCAUCUACAACAACAAGCAUCUUAUUGCGGGCAAGGUAGUACUCGACAUUGGUUGCGGCACAGGAAUUUUGAGCAUGUUCUGCGCUAAAGCCGGAGCGAGGCAGGUCAUUGCCGUGGAUAAUUCGGCCAUCAUUGACAAGGCACGAGAGAACAUAUUCCGCAACGGACUUGAUGAUAAAAUUACGUGUCUUAGGGGACGAGUCGAGGAUGUCACUAUGCCAGUCGACAAGGUAGACAUUAUCGUCAGCGAGUGGAUGGGUUACUGUCUCCUAUACGAGGCCAUGCUGCCAAGCGUUAUCUGGGCUCGUGAUAGAUACCUCAAACCGGACGGUCUCCUGAUUCCUAGCCACGCCACGAUUUUUAUAGCUCCAGUGUCCGACUCCGAAUAUGUCUCAGACCACGUUGAUUUCUGGCAAGAUGUGUAUGGGUUCGAUAUGACGGCAAUGAAAUCCGGACUCUGCUCAGAUGUCCGCGUGGAACAUGUUCCAGAGAGCAUUGUCUGCGGAAGCCCCAGCACAGUCGCAUUCAACCUCUAUAAGACGACUGUGGCUGACCUCACAUUCAAAAUAGAUUGGCGAUCCACCAUCUCCUCAGACGUCGACGAAGUCGACGGGUUUCUCAUCUGGUUCGACAUGUAUUUUGCGCCUGAUCGCCAUGAUCCAGAUGAGCUCAUUGUUGCGCCGGCUAAGGAAUGGGCUGCGAAGAGGAAUGAUAGCAUUGCAUUCACUACCGGACCGAUGGGUAUCGAGACACAUUGGAAGCAGGGAUUGCUUUUGUAUGAACACGAUGACAGCUCUCCCAAGUUUAGAACCGGCGAGGAAAUCCAGGGAACAUUAUCAUUUUCCGUUCUGGAGGACCACGCCCGCGGCCUUUCUAUCCAAGUAGACUGGGAAACAUCACCAGGCAAUAGGCGCAGCCAGUCGUGGAAUUGCCGUUAA